AUGGCAGCACCCGCGCCUCCUAAGCCAUGGAAGGCUGAGUACGCCAAGUCUGGCCGAUCAUCCUGCAAGACCUGCAAAGGGCCCAUCGGCAAGGAGAAUUUCCGACUUGGAAAAAUGGUCCAGUCCUCCCAAUUCGACGGUUUCAUCCCUAUGUGGAACCAUGCUAGUUGUAUCCUCAAGAAGGCCAAGCAAAUUAAGUCAGUUGAUGAUGUUGAAGGUCUAGAGUCGCUUCGCUGGGAAGAUCAGCAGAAGAUUAGAAAGUACGUCGAGGGUGGGGAUCAGCCAAGUCAGGGUUCCUCAAGUAAGGAAAAAGCAGUUGCCGAAAUAAAAUGUCGAGUAGAAGUUUCGCCAACUUCUCGGGCCGUUUGCAAGAAAUGCAGUGAAAAGAUUAUGAAAGACGAGUUGCGCAUUUCUUCCACAUCUGCUGGGCAAGGAGCUAAAGGAUUGGCAUGGCACCAUGGCCACUGUUUCAUGACGCUGCAUCCCUCUAUUGAACUUGAAAAGUUGUCGGGUUUAGAAAAUCUCUCGGUACCUGAUCGAGAAGCAGUCCAGGCACUGGUCAAGGCUCCUUCAGCUGCAAAAAAUGGAUCUGAAAAAGAUAAGGAAAUGCAAAAAUCAGCUUCCAGAAGUGGUAUAAAACGUAAAAAAGAUGCUGGCAAUGAGCAGCCUUCAAAAGUCGGGAAGGUUGAAGGAGAUAUGUCAACUAGCAGAGCUGCAACUUCAAAAAUUCCGAAUGAGCUAGAAAGUAAGUUGGAGGCACAAACCAAAGAUUUAUGGGCAUUGAAGGAUGAUCUUAAAAAGCACGUGUCAACGACAGAGCUGCGUAAGAUGCUUGACGCCAAUGGUCAAGAUUCUACUGGAUCAGAACUUGCUUUACGUGAUAAAUGUGCUGACGGGAUGAUGUUUGGAGCACUUGCUAGCUGUCCAGGUUGCUCUACUCCUCUUCAUUAUUCUUCUGGAAGCGUGUAUCGGUGUUAUGGUUACAUCUCGGCGUGGAGUAAAUGCUCAUACUCCACCCCAGAGCCAGAGCGUGUUAAAGGAAAAUGGGAAAUUCCUGAAGAUACAGAGAAUACGUUUUUGAAGGAGUGGUUCAAAGCACAAAGGAGUAGCAAACCUGUCAGGAUACUACCUCCAACAUCUGACAACCAUUCGGGAGUUCAAGCUGCCAAAGGGCAGUUGCAGUCUUCAAAGAGUGAAAACUUGGGGGAUCUGAAAGUUGCUAUUGCGGGGUUAACUAAGGAAUCUGUGCAAGAAUGGAAAGCUAAGAUUGAAGACAUUGGUGGACAGGUUCACAACAAGAUAAAGAAAGAAACCAAUUGCUUAGUUGCAAAGGGAGUGCUGGAUCCAGAGGAUGCUGAUAUCAAGAAAGCUAGGAAGAUGAGAUUACCAAUUGUUAGAGAAGAUUACUUGGUAGACUGUUUUAAAAGACAGAAGAAGCUUCCAUUUGAUUUAUACAAAGUUGAAGCCGUAGGCGAGGAAUCUAGCUUGGUGACUGUUAAAGUAAAAGGCCGUAGUGCUGUGCAUGAAGCUUCUGGAUUGCAAGAUACUGGUCACAUUCUUGAGGACGGAGCAAGCAUCUACAACACAACUUUGAACAUGUCUGAUUUGUCAACAGGUGUCAACAGCUACUAUAUCCUUCAGAUAGUCCAAGAUGACAAGGGAUCUGGCUGUCAUGUGUUCCGGAAAUGGGGUCGAGUAGGAAAUGAAAAAAUUGGAGGAACAAAAUUGCAAAAGAUGUCUAAGUCGGAUGCAAUUGAUGAAUUUAAACGGCUUUUCCUUGAAAAGACUGGUAAUACGUGGGAGACAUGGGAGAGAAAGCAAGAUUUUGAGAAAAAACCGGGGAGAUUCUUCCCAUUGGAUAUUGAUUAUGGAGUUAACAAGAAUGUCCCGAAGAAAAUCACGAGUAAGGCUGAAAGCCAGCUUACUCCUCCUGUGGUUGAAUUGAUGAAGAUGCUCUUUAAUAUAGAGAAUUAUAGAGCUGCAAUGAUGGAAUUUGAGAUCAAUAUGUCAGAAAUGCCACUUGGAAAACUGAGUAAAAACAAUAUACAUAAAGGUUUUGAAGCUCUGACAGAUAUUCAAAGUUUACUAUAUAACAGUUCCCAUGAUCCAUCUAUGAGAGAAAGCUUGAUGCUUGAUGCAAGCAAUAGAUUUUUCACUAUUAUCCCAUCCAUUCAUCCACGUGUUAUAAGGGAUGAAGAUGACCUUAAGUCUAAGGUGAAAAUGCUGGAAGCUCUUCAGGAUAUUGAGAUUGCUUCUAGAUUAGUAGGGUUUGGUGUUGAUAAUGAUGAGUCCUUGGAUGACAAGUAUAAGAAGCUGCGGUGUGACAUUGCAUCAAUUCCUCAUGAGAGUGAUGAUUAUCGACUGAUUGAUAAAUAUCUCCAGAAUACUCAUGCUCCCACGCAUAUGGAUUGGAGUCUGGAGCUGGAAGAAGUUUUUUUGCUAAACAGGGAAGGGGAAGUCGACAAGUAUGCUCCCUAUAGAGAAAAGCUUCAAAACAGAAUGCUACUGUGGCAUGGUUCUCGAUUGACAAAUUUUGUAGGAAUACUUAGCCAAGGUCUUAGAAUAGCUCCUCCCGAAGCUCCGGCAACCGGAUAUAUGUUUGGGAAGGGUAUUUACUUUGCUGACCUUGUCAGCAAGAGUGCUCAGUAUUGUUUUACUGAUAGGAAGAAUCCCGUGGGACUAAUGCUUCUCAGCGAAGUUGCAUUGGGAGAAGUUUAUGAGCUGAAGAAGUCCAAGUAUAUGGAUAAACCUCCUGAAGGAAAGCACUCUACUAAAGGACUGGGCAAGAAAGUGCCCAAGGAAUCAGAGUUUGCUAAGUGGAAGAAUGAUGUUACUGUUCCUUGUGGUAGACCAGUCGAUUCGAAUAUCAAGGCCUCUGAGCUAAUGUAUAAUGAGUACAUUGUCUAUAAUACAGCUCAAGUCAAAAUGCAGUUCCUUUUGAAAGUGAGGUUUCAUCACAAGAGGUGA